AUGAGAACCGGAGCACUUUGCAUUGUGCUCCUGAGCAUCGGAGCAUCAAUGGUAGCUUGUGAACGACCGAAAAUCAAGGAUACUCAUGGAAAUCUGCUGGUCAAACUCAGUGAUAUCCCGAUUGGAUCAUGUGGAGACGAUUCAUACUUCGGAUUGGGAAUAAUGGACGGUGGAUUGGAAGAGUGUGAUAGAUGGAAGUUGGAGACUACAAACCCAGAAUACGAAGAGUACAAAUGCAAAGUUUUGAGAGUUCACGCAUCGGUUAAGAAUGGAAAAUGCACUUGUAAUGAGAACUGGAAAGGACCGAUUUGCAACGAAUACAACGGAUGCGGCAAGGGAGAGACACUCUUCGGAUCUUCAUGCACCCCACACAUGUGCCACCACAACGGAACCAUCGCCGUCGGAAAGAAAGAAGUCGAGUGUAUCUGUCCACCACCAUGGGAUGGACGUCUCUGCGAUCGUCUCGCUUGCUGGAGAAAGACAAUUCCAACCCAACAACACAGAUACCGUAACAACGGAGACCACUGCAUCUGUGGAAACCACUACUCUGGAGAGAAUUGCGAUAUCGUCAAGUCUUGUUUGAACAAUGGACAACUCAUCGAAGGAAAGUGCAAGUGUGGAGAUGGAUGGCAUGGAGAGCUCUGUGAUAAGAGAUGUCCAAAGGGACAUGUUACGUGUUCCACGUGCUCCUCCUUCACUGCUGCUACUCUCGUCGCCAUCGUUCUUCUCUGUGUCAACAAGUUCAAUUAUUAG